ACAGGUGCGUAACCAGGAAGUAGCGUCUACGCUCAAAUCAAACAGGAUGCUCCCGUUUAUUAAACAAGAAAAUCAACAUGAGGGCAGGUGCAAAUGUUUUUGACCGCCCCGACUGACGAAAUGAGACCACAUCUGCUCCGUGCCCUCCUCUCUCUGGCAGCGCUCCUGUCCACCCCUGCCGACGCCCAGACCCCCGUAGAAAUUGCCUUCCAGAAAGACCCGGUGCAGGUUCAGACCGGCACGGACAUCCUGUUCACCGUCAUAACCAUACCCAACGUCUUCAGCAUGACAUGGCAGUACGGCGAUGUCACUCUGGGGCUGUGGUCAAACAACGCUGCUGCGGUCAAGCCCGAGUUCCAGGCCCGAGUUAGCAUCACGGCCACCACACUGCGGAUUACGCGCGCUGUACUGACUGAUGCCGGCCAGUACACGGUGAUAGUGGAACCGAACAUCCCGGGGCUGGGGAGGAACUCCAAGUCAGCCACACUGGAUGUGUUCGAUCCAGUGACGGGCGUGAACCUGGUCGUGCCCCCAGUGGCCAUAGAGGGGAAGAACAUCUCUUUGACCUGCACAUUUUCGACGGGCACAGACAUCACAUUCCUCUGGACCAAAGACGACAACACCCUGGUCUCCAAUUCCAGGAUCACCAUCACUGGAGGCUCUCUGUUCAUCAACCCAGGAGAGCGCGACGACGCUGGGGACUACACCUGUACCGUCAGUAACCCCGUCAGCGCCCGCUCCGCCACGCAGACCCUCACAGUCUAUUACGGCCCUGACACCCCGGUGCUGAGUAAGGACACUGCCAAAGACUGUGUGGGCGAGGGGGACGUGUUGGCGGGGAAGACCAUCACGCUGACCUGUACCUCCACCUCCCUGCCUCGGGCUCAGUUCUCCUGGCAGUUCGAUGGACAGGCCAUUAGCAGCCCUGACACUGGUCAGCUCACCCUCCAGACCUCCUCCACCCAGGAGAGCGGCAGAUACACCUGCACGGCCAGGAACUCCGUCACGGGCCUCACCUCUGAGCAGGGCACCGAUCUGGUGGUGACCGACGUGUGCCUGGAUGCAGGAGAAGUUGUGGGGAUCGUGAUUGGCUCCUUCAUCUUGCUGCUAUUGCUCAUCAUCCUGAUAAUAUUUCUAAUCAGAUGGAUCGUAGUCAAGCGGCAACGACGAGAGUCCAGCACUGUGCAGACCAAUGCAAAUCCUCGCCGUAUACCUGAAAACCCACCCGCUAAUGUUGGGAGAGAUUUAGCCCAAGGUCCCCAGCCUCCUCCUCUCUACCACGCCAACCGAGGAAACCACUUAUAUACUGCCCCUUUGCCUGGACGAAAUGGAGAUGUGCAAAGUCGGGACACCCAAAAUAACUCCCUGCACAAUGGAAUCCCCUUUGCAAAUGGCCAACAACACCAUACCAUUCAAAACUCUAUUAACCGAACUCCGCACAAUGGCUUUGACAACCCGGCUUUUAGACUAGACGAACUUCAAACCGCACCCCAGCAGCCAAUGCAGAAUCCAGACAUUGUCAUACAAACUGGAAGCGCUCAAGUCCGCCUCAACACGCAGCAGACGACUCAGCAAAGCAACAAUGGACAAAUCCCCACCAUUCAUGUCAAUGUGAAUUCGCACUCCGGAGACCAGCAAACUCCCAUGGAAAGUUUGUCUCGUCCCGUUGCUAGCACCACCGUUGACGAAGCGACGCAAACUCCGCAAAAUACGAGAAGGGCAGCUGGUACUUUAAGGAGCCCCAUGCUGGAUCGCCAUAGAGCUAUUCUACAAGAAGAUCCGGGGCAAAUUCCAACAGGGAACACACAUCACAAUCAGAAUUAUGUUGUUGAGAGAAAUUCCAGCACGGAAAUGGAAAUGUACAAUCAACAGUCCGAACCAAGAGGUAGAUCAGAUUCCCGCUUCUCUCGACCUGUAUCUCGCCGUCAAGGAGACACUCAUUACAACCGGAAUAAUGUUGAGAGAAAUUCCAACACGCAUCCGGAAAUGUACAAUCAGCAAUUGGAACCAAGAGGUAGAUCGCAUUCCAGCUCCUCUCAACAUCAACAGCCUUGGGAUACGCUUAGAGGAACGCCAUCGUACCCCAAUAAUCAAAGAAGGAUGAAUUCGGAUAGCACAGACUACACAACGCACCCGCCGCUCCCGCAAGCAAGAUCUCGAAGCAGGGAACGACAAGAAAGGCAGAGAGAGAGAGAGAACAGGAGGCCAAGCAGGGAAAGGGAAGUGGAGAGCCAGGCGCGCACAGAGAGGAGAUCGCCGCGGGAUGAGAUGAGAGGGAGGGGGGAGAGCCGUGCCCCCAGGCAAGGAGGCAGACGCGACAACAGCCCUCCGGCACUUCCUCUCAUGAGCCAACCCUCCCCCGCGGGCCUUGUGCAAAAUCUGCCCGACACAAGAGCGCUGGUCGAUCCCAAUCACCUACCGCAGUCCCAGGCCAGUCAGCAAUCCAGGCAAGCCCCACAAAUGAGCAACAGAAUACCGCAAGUAAAUCAGGCAGCUAAUCAAACGCUACAAAACGUCCGACCAACCAAUCAAACGCUACAAAGCGACCGCGCGGCCAAUCAGAUUCCACAAACUCGCCAACCGACAAGACCGCAGACUCAGCUCACCCAGGAAGCCCUCCAAGCCCACACAGAAAGGGCGCAGACAUUCCAGAACCGGAGGCAGCAGACGCAGGCCGCCCUGCUUCACUCGGGCCCCCAGGUGACGCGGCCCCCCACACCUCCUCCUGUCAUACCCCUGCAGCACUUUCAGGCCCUGCCCAAGGAAAGGACCAGGCAGAGGGAGGUCAAACCGCCGGUGAACGUGCCCAUAGCUCAGAGGCCGCACCAGGGGCAUCACGGGCAUCAUGGGCAUCACGGGCAUCACAAGCACCACACGACCAUGCCCCAAACGCACCACAAUAAUCAUCAUCAUCAAAGUCAUCACCAAACGACACACAGGCAGACGCAGCCGCAGACAUGGCAGCAACAGGCACACAGAGGGAGGCCGCGGUGACAACGCUGGCAAGCUACACCAUUGUCCCCCAAGACCGAUGCUACAAACGAACAGCUGAGAGACGUGAUCCAAUAAGGCACCAGGCAGCACGGAGGAGAAGGGCUGUCAGGAGCAAGCCAGCCUCGGUCUCAAAUAAAACGCCAAGCGAUGAAUGAAAAGUGAAAUUUGUGUCUUCUGUGGGGAUGACGAAAUAACAGAGAUCCGGCGAUGAAAAGAUGUUGACGUGAGCACUUUUUGUUUUUCAAUGUCAGAUUCGGCGAUAAUGCGGGUUACAAGAGGAAACAAGGCAAACUAAAGCAAUAUUGAGGAACUUUUUGGCCAGAUACACUGUGUAAUUUUUCUGUUGGAGGGCCUGCCACCUGCUUUACCUAGGUCCUAGAAUGUUCCACACAUAGACUGUGUAUAUAUAAGUGGAUGUAGCUAACCUGCUAGCCGCCGCGUUCCAAAUAGGAAGUGAUCACGGACUCGCUUCUAGCUUCAUCGUUGUGGAUUGGCUCUUUGGUUGCUAUGGUACUCGUCAGAAUUCCAAAUAUGGAACUUGACUCCAAAUUUGCCGCUCUAACUUGUAGCCUCGUAGAGCUUCAUUUGACUGGAGCAGACCACACUGGGUGACGCAACACUCACUUAGUCCACUUCUUUAUACAGUUUAUGGUUCCACAGUAUGACAAAACUGUAAACUUUUUUUAAUCAAAUCAGAUCUGUGGUGGGACAACACCACUAACAGUAAGUAUGCACGGUAUACAGUAUUGUUAAGCCAUAUAAACACCUGUAAUUGAACUAAAGCAAAAUUGAUACAUUUAAUGCCAUACCGUGGAACAUUCCAGGCAAAGCAAUCAUAUCUCAAUUGAGACAAGCAGGUAGCGGACCCACCUCCAGAAAAAUGAAACAAUGAGAUGCAGUAACUUAUCUUGUCUCUUUGCUUAUUUGCCCAAUGCCACUUCAUAGACAGUACAAUUGCGUAAUACAUUCCAAAAAGUUUUUACAAUCUGUAUAAAACAUAAACGUCUAGUUUAUUGCCAAGAAACUGCCUUUUCACAAUACCCAGACUUAUUAAUAAUGUGCUUUUAUACACUGUCGCAAAGAGCAAAGAUAAGUAAGCAUCGUGGGCUCACUGUUUCUAUUCAGAUUUGUUGCAUAAUGUAAAAAUGGUGCCAAAUGCUGUUUAUUAAUGAAGUACAUUUUUAUAUGUAAAUAUGUGUGAUAUUAUUUGAUGCAUUUUGUCAGCUUAGCCUGCCAAGCAAAUUCUUACCAAAGAUCAAAUGUUUGUUAAUAAUUUUAAAUGUUCUAUAAAUGCUUUUUUAAACUAUACCAUGAGCCUUACAUAUUGUUUCCUUAUGUGUACGAUAAUCCAAACUGAGGCAGCUGGUAUGCUGGAAUUCUUAACUACGCUGUUUUGCUGUGCUGAAAUGUUAUAGUUUUUGUCAUAAGAGUAAAUAAGCCAUGUGAAUAUUUUCCUGUAAUGAUGUGUACUGUAUAUUUAUCAUUUUGUUUGGACUCUGUCUCGAUCAAAUUGUGCUUCUUCCUAACAAAGACAAAUGGUUUACAUCGCUUUGCCAAGGCUCCAUACCGUAAAUCCCCUUGCUCCACACACCUGCUUCCAAAGUUUGACUGAAACACAGAAAUUUGGCCCGAAAACUCCAUAUUUUCUUGUUACCGUGGAGCUCUCUUCCUGAACUGCAGUAUAUUUAAAUGUAUGGGCUGCUGCCUUGUGAGCCAUAACUCAUAUAAGAUUCAAGUUUGCCGGCAGCCGCGUCCAGUGAUCCAUGGCUCGCUGCUACUACUCCUCCAAUUCAUCAUUCCCACUCUGCGCCUUCUCUACGUCCUUGAUGUUUUAAACUAAUAUCUUUACUGCUCACCAGAAUGGUAACAGACAGAAAACAAGGCGGCGUGCCCAAGGGAACCUGUGGCAAUUAUGAAACAAUGUUGCAGAUGGCGUCGUUAGUGAGUGUUAGAUUCUGAAGGUAUCGUUACUAGUUUUAUUAUUUAUCCUCUUUUGAAAUCCAUUUUAAAUUCAUGAUUUGUUUCGACUAAGGCAUACUGUCAUUUUUGUGGUGGAGGGUUCCCCCACCAGCUUCAUGGAUGUUAUUGAUGUUCCACAGUAUGGCAUUAAACCUUUUAUAUUUUGCAUUUAUUUAUCCUACUACAAAAAAAACUAAAAUAAAAAAACUAAACAAAAACACAGAUCUAACCUGUAACUAGGUGUGGUAAUAUCACCUGCUUAUACUGCCAUGGAGUUAAGUUUAAUGCCAUAUUGUGAAACAUUCCAGACAUAUUUCCAUGAACAUAAAUGGUGGUGCAUCAGAAAAGUUACAGUGUGCUCUUAAAAAAAAUAAAAUAAAAAUCUGUGUUUAAUCCCCUUCGUAGACCAAAAAAGACAGGACAUUUCAAAUCUGUCAUCUACUGGAAAAAAUGCCAUUUAAAGCAGCACUUUGUGACAAGCUGUUCUAAAACUGCACAUGCCAAAAAAUGGAUACGUGUGAAUACUGUACUAUUGAUGUGCCAAAGGGUUUGUGAGAGCAAGGAAUGAGUUGAGUUGCCUGGCAAGUCCUACAUUAUAUUUGUCUGUAUUUUUGUAUAGAGGGAUAUCAGUCUUGUCACACGUCCUCCGUCGCGCCUCAAGACAGUUUCAGAUCGUACCGUGCAAUAAAAUGUGCUUUUUUCAGUGACGCAUGUGCUCAGGAACUCAUUGGUCACUCAUCAUUUUGAACAAAAUCUAACUUCUCUCACCUCAGAUUAAGAGUUUAGUGCUUCACUCACUGAUUUAGUAUUUCAGUCCCCUGUGAUAUUUUGUUGUUUUUUUUUUUCUCUUUCUGCCAUUUUGUUUUGAUGGGGAUGGAUCAAGCAUGUCGCUGAUUGGCUAAUCACUCCACCUGUCAGUCACAUCCAUCUGAACUCUGGGGAUUCACUUGUGACCAGACUGACAUCACUGUUUAGCUGUGCAUAUGACUGAAAGGUUUUUAUUUCUGCACUUCUCUUUUAAUGUUUAUUUUAUUAUGAUUAUUUAUGUUUUGAUUUGUUGUAUUGUGAUUUCUUAUUCUGUAAAGCACUUUAAAUUACUUUGUAUACAAAUCGUGCUAUACAAAUUCUUAAAACAGGUGAAGGGGGGCGGGGCUAUGGUAAACCAGGAACUAUUUACUUAGCCUUGUCUGUUUACAAUGCCUCUCAUGACACUUCUCAAUUAGGGGGAUUUGCCUCAGUGGAGCCCAGAGAUAAAGCCAGCCGCGCUGAAGGGGAUCGGGAGCACAACGGAAAGGAUGGACCGCUCUUAAUUAAAGGCUUUUAUGAGACUUCAAUGAGAUGGAAAAUAAUCACAGCGAGCAUGAAUGAGGUCAGCACAAAGACCGCGGCGCCGUGCUUUCUGCUGAAGAGGCACUGUUUAACAAUUGACUCAUAAAAUGUAUUGAAACGGUGUCUCCAAUGGAAUGUCAUCAUGGUUUUUCCAAUUUGUUUAUUUAAGAUUUUGAACCGUGUUGUAAAACUCAGGGAUUUUCUACUGUGUGUUUGUUUUCUCAGACAAAUAA